AUGGGAAGAAUACUUAGGUUUCUUGCAAAUCCGGGCUCCAGGCCCGACGUUUCACAGAGGGCACCAUUGAUUGGCAGUACAGAUGAGGCAAUUGCGCAAUAUAAAACACCCUUUGAUGGCGUCCAGGCUAUCAACUCCGAUAGCGAUGAAAGUUCGGUUGGUGAGCUCGGUGACGUUGAGGUGAAAAAGGAGGGCUGCAUCAUUACAAGCCAUGGGUUCACGGGUCUUCAAAAGGGACUGUCGGACCGCUUGCUAGAUAGAGUGGUGCUUUUUGCGGGUUCGCAGAUUGUCUUUUUUCUAAUGUGGGUUAUUAUAAUUAUCUGGAUUGUCAUUGGGAUUGUGUAUAAUGCCCCUGAAAACUGGCAGGUGGUUAUGCAAGACGGCCAAUCCCUUCAAAGUUAUAUCUGGGACACACUGCUAAUGAGACAGCAGCUAAUCAGCGCGCAUGACCAUGUUAAUGUUUGUGCGAUUUUGAGAUCCCGCCUCAGGACUUUCAAAAGGCUGUGUAAAUCUUAUAACCCUACACAUACCAAGGAAGAAGAAGGAGAUGACACUGUGGAAUCCCGUACGUAUUGUGUUGAGUCUGUUCCUGCCGACAUCAAGGGAUGUUUGCCAGUUGAAGGCUGGUACGACCGACUAUCGUCCUUCGCGGGAAAAAUCAUUGGAUCUCUGUCUUUUAUGAUUAUUUUCUGGACUGGUAUUUUUGUGUGGAUAGGCUGCGGUGCCUUACCCCUUGACGCCGGUAAUGAGCCUCCAUACACGGGAAGGCUUUCUGGUUCGAACCCCGAACUGAAAAAGUUUAGUGAUAGGUGGCAGCUGUAUAUCAACACUGCCACAGCUGUGGUUCUUCUUGUUUGUACUAUGUUUUUGCAAAACAUCAGAGCUAGGCACGAGAAGUUCAUUACCAAAGGGUUGGCUGCGGUUUUCGAUAUUGAUCAAGAAAUUGAGCAGUACUUGAGAGCCGAGACUGGCGACGUUACAACUCCAAAUGAUGUUGUGACAAUACACACGAAAAAGAGGUCGAUCGGAGAAAAGGGUAUUGAUUGGUAUGCAGAUAUCAUUGGAACUGGAAUUGGCAUUUUCAUUGCGGCUGCGGCAAUUGGGACUUGGUUAGGUAUCGGCCACUUGAUGGAUUGGAAUUCGGAUUGGUGGCUAAUCAUCGGUACAUACACAGGCUUGAUUGGGUUUUUAGAUGGCUUUGUGCUGAGACAAGUCUACUUUCGUAUUGUUAGCCACGAGCAGGAAAAUUAUGACACUGUUGCCCAAGAAGAUCUUGAAUUGUUUCAAAGCUUAGGUAUCCAUUGCCCUGAUGAACUUAUAGUCGAUCAUGAGUCAAAUGUCAAGAAGACGAUUCCCUUCAAAAUUUCACUUUUCAUCAAUAACGUAUGCUCAUCUCAAUGGAGUGUCUUGGGAUCCAUCAUAAUAAUAGUCGCUCUCAUUGCCAUCGCCUCGGGGCUUCACUGGAGUACUACUGGUCAGCUGAUAGCAAACACUCCUACUAUGAUUAUAGAAGCAUUUUUUAUGAUUGUCCUCAUUCAAGCGCACACUUGGGCCGAUCAAAGAAGAAGAAUUGACGUAUCUUCUUUGUUUGCGAGAAGAUGCAUACUUCGCUCGCAUGUCAAAGGGAAACGUCAAUAA